GAGACAAGAAAGAGGAAAAGAGGAACCUUACAAGUGAGAAGGAACAAGCCAACCAUUAUUUUAAAAAAAGAUGCGGAGAUGCCCAGCUGCAAUGUGGUGGACAAAAACUUAAAAGGAACUUCUGCACCAUAGUAUCUCUUGUUAACACCUCCCCAUAUCAGCUUGUUUGGUGCAGUACCCAAGCCGGGCCAUCAAUUCCCUCUAGUCAACCUCAGCUGGGCCAGGCCAAAGCCCCGUACUUCAGAGAUGGGGGUGGCCAAAGUCAUCCGCCACUUCAGUGUCGGGGGCGGGACAGGAGAACUCCAAGAAGAUGAGUCAGUGGAAUCCCCCAAGAGCUGCCACAAUGGCAAGCUCGUCACCAUCCAGCCACGCAGUCGUUUUGUGAGGAAGGAUGGCCGCUGCAAUGUGCAGUUUAUUAACAUGAGUGAAAAGGGUCAGCGGUAUCUCACUGAUCUCUUCACCACAUGUGUGGAUAUCCGCUGGCGCUGGAUGUUUGUCAUCUUCUGCCUUUCUUUUGUGCUUUCCUGGCUUCUCUUUGGCUUCACCUUCUGGCUCAUUGCUGCACUUCAUGGAGACCUUGCACCUGACCAUCCACCCAACUCAAGGCCUUGCUUCUCCGAGGUCACCAGUUUCAUGGCCGCCUUCCUCUUCUCCUUGGAGACACAGACGUCCAUUGGAUAUGGCUUCCGUAGCGUGACAGAGGAAUGUCCAUCUGCUGUCCUGGCUGUGGUCCUGCAGUGCAUUCUGGGAUGCAUCAUUGAUGCCUUCAUCAUUGGUGCAAUUAUGGCCAAGAUAGCCAAGCCAAAGAAACGCAACGAGACCCUUGUUUUUAGCGAGACUGCUGUGGUGGCCAUGCGUGAUGGAAAGCUCUGCCUUAUGUGGCGUGUGGCUAACCUGCGGAAGAGCCAUCUGGUAGAGGCCCAUGUCCGUGCCCAGCUACUGCAGCCUCGUGUGACCCCUGAAGGCGAGUACAUUCCCCUGGACCACAGUGAUGUUAAUGUGGGCUUUGACAGUGGCACUGACCGCAUUUUUCUGGUGUCACCUGUGACAAUUGUGCAUGAGAUUGAUGCUGAAAGCCCUCUGUAUGAGUAUGGUCCUAUGGAGCUGGCAAAAGCUGACUUUGAACUGGUGGUCAUUUUGGAAGGUAUGGUAGAAGCUACAGCAAUGACCACUCAAUGCCGUAGCUCCUAUCUGCCAAGUGAACUGCGCUGGGGACACCGCUUUGAACCUGUACUCUUUGAACGGCAUGGUCACUACGAGGUUGAUUACCAGCACUUCCAUCGUACAUAUGAGGUGCCUGGAACCCCAGCAUGCAGUGCCAAGGAGCUAAGCCAACGUAAAUACAGGGUCUCACCUGUUGGAACCACUGCUGCUCGUUCUUCCUUCUGCUAUGAGAAUGAAGUAGCACUGGCCACUUGUCAUGAAGAAGAAGAGGAGGAAGAAGAAGAAAGGCAGGAAAAUCAGAGGGUGAAUGUGGAGAAUGAAAUGGCCACUAACACGUGACGUGAUCCAUGUCCCUGAACUGAGGAGAGCUGAGGAAGGGUGGGGUAGCACCAUCACCAGACUUUCCAUAGUUGGGCUGUUGAAAUAAUUGGCCAAAGGGUCAUAUUUUCAUACUUUGACUGUCUGUCCCCCCAAAGCCAAAGGUCUCAGCUUGAUCAUUCCUAGAAGAAAUACCAUGGAACAAACAGAAGGCUUCGUUUGUCUCUGAAGAGGGUUAAGGGGUUAUAGAUAUAUGUGUAUGUGAGGGGGAAGGGGAAAUUUAAACACAAGGGAAACCUGAGAGAAAGAAUACCUAUUUCAUGGGCCUCAAAACAGUCCAUGUAUAAUCUGAUGUUUAUGGUAAUGUGAAUUAAGAUUACAGUAGUUAGAUGGGAAUCUGUUGGAUCAUCUAUAUGUUUAUUGUACGGAGCUUGAAAGCUGUAUCAGAGGAUGCUUGAGGAUGUUCUUCUGAUGGCUGCCCCACCGCAGCUGUCUUACGUAUGAAGCUCCAUGAAGCACAUGGAGAAAAAGCAUUCUGUGAACAGUGGAAGUGAUGGGUCAGUGGAACUCUACAGAAUCGGAAUAUGUCUGGUCUGUAAUGAAAAUGCAGCAGAGGGAGGCUGUUCUCCAGAGUUUAGAGGGGUGCAUUUCUUUUUAGGUGCACUGAGAUAGAAAUGUUAUAUCCACAGUGCAAUAGCCUAAACAUAAACACCCCUUUCUCAAGCCCAGAUGAGAAAACCUUUUCUAAUAGUCCUGAAAAAGUAACUGGAAAUUCUUAACAAGCACACAUGCUGGGAGGUUUAUUAUUGUGGUAAUCAUAUUGUGAUAAUAUUUGAAAUAAAGGGAAUCUUUCUUUAUAAGAACGGAUAAUGUAGUGUACUGC